GCCUAGGCCUAGCCAGAGGCCUCCAGCGCGCAGCUGUUCCCUCCGCCCUGCGCUCCGACGCCGCUUUGAAUCCCAUGUCAGUACCAGCAAAUCAGGCAGAUGCAGGUGCUCCGAUAAGGACAUAAAAUCUUGGUCCAUUUACACACUCACUCCUGGAUGUCUGAGGAGGUCCCAGUUAACUGGAGGAUGGCAAAUAUGGCUCCCACCUACAAGAAGGGUUGGAAGGAGGAUUGUGGAUCAGGUCAUACUGAGUGCCAUCAUACAGCAUGUACAGAACAGCUCAUCAGGGGAUCAGGCUCAGCCAGCAUGGGUUCAUGAAAGGUAACAAGUGACAGGACAAGAGGAAAUGGCUUCAAGUUGUUCCAGGGAAAAAACCUCUUCACUGAAAAGUUGGUCAAGAACUGAAACAGGCUGCCCACAGAAGUGAUGGAGUCGUUAUCCUUGGAGGAAUUUGGGCCACAGAGAAGAAAACUGAAUAUGAUGAAGAACGAAGAAACAAGUUUUAAUGUGGACAAUACCCGAGCCUCUCCCUUCUCCCUCUGCCUGCAGCCUCUCAGCCCUGUUACAAAGCCACACAGAACGCAAUUGGAUGAAGAAUUCAGAACACACCUCUCACAUUUCCGCUACGGUCCUCCUCCUCUUGAAAACAUGGAAACAUUCCAGGGGUCCUUGGAAGGAGGGUCUCGCAAACGCAAGAGCAUGCCAACAAAAAUGCCUCCUCCCAUCACCCCUGAGGAUUCCUCAUCAUCACCAGAUCGACCUGAAGAUCACAAUGACAUAGGUUCUUCCAGUCUCCCCUUGGUGUUCCAACAGCCAGCUCAGCCCAAGUACAGUUCCCAGAUGAUUGACCUCUGCAACUUUGGUUUUCAAUUCUACAGAACUCUGGAGCAUUUUGGAGCCAAACCCAUUAAGCAAGAACCAGUGAAGCCUAACAUGGCAUGGCCCAGUAGCCCAGCAUUCAUGCAGGCUCCUUACCCUUAUUAUCCUAAAGUCCACCCUGGCUUAAUGUUUCCUUUCAUUGUACCACCAAAUUUUCAUUUCAGGAACCCUUUUCAAAUGAAAAGACCUCCAGAACCACCCUUCAGGAGGGCUGAAGUAAGAGAAAGUGGUGAAAAUAAACAGAAAGUGGAAAGAGUAGAUGUCAACCUUCAGAUAGAUGACAGCUACUAUGUUGAUGUGGGGGGUGAACAGAAGCGCUGGCAAUGCCCCAUGUGUGAGAAGUCCUAUACAUCCAAGUACAACUUGGUCACCCAUAUCUUGGGUCACAGUGGCAUUAAGCCACAUGCUUGCACCCGAUGUGGCAAGCUUUUCAAGCAGCUGAGCCACUUGCACACGCAUAUGUUGACACACCAGGGCACUCGGCCACAUAAGUGCCAGGUGUGCCACAAGGCUUUCACUCAAACCAGUCACCUUAAAAGACACAUGAUGCAACACAGUGACAUCAAACCUUACAACUGCAGGAUCUGUGGCAGGGGUUUUGCCUACCCCAGUGAGCUGAAAGCACAUGAAUCCAAGCAUGAGAGUGGACGGGAGAACAUUUGUGUGGAGUGUGGUCUGGACUUUCCAACUCUGGCCCAGCUGAAGAGACACCUAACCACCCACCGUGGCCCUAUACAGUACAAUUGCACAGAGUGUGAUAAGACCUUCCAGUACCCAAGUCAGCUACAAAACCACAUGAUGAAGCACAAAGACAUCCGCCCAUACAUCUGCACUGAAUGUGGCAUGGAGUUUGUGCAGCCCCACCACCUGAAACAGCACUCCUUGACUCACAAGGGUGUGAAAGAGCACAAAUGUGGAAUUUGUGGCCGGGAAUUUACUCUGCUGGCCAACAUGAAGCGACAUGUGCUGAUCCACACCAAUAUCAGAGCCUAUCAAUGCCAUUUGUGCUUCAAGAGCUUUGUGCAAAAGCAGACUCUCAAGGCCCACAUGAUUGUUCACUCUGAUGUCAAACCCUUUAAAUGCAAGCUGUGUGGAAAGGAGUUUAACAGAAUGCACAAUUUAAUGGGCCACAUGCACUUGCACUCAGAUAGUAAGCCGUUUAAGUGCCUCUACUGUCCCAGCAAAUUCACCUUGAAAGGAAACCUAACCAGGCACAUGAAAGUCAAACAUGGGGUCAUGGAAAGAGGAUUUCACUCUCAAGGUUUUGGAAGAGGAAGGAUUGCUCUGUCCCAGACAAAUGUCUUGAGAAGCUUGGAACAGGAAGAGCCAUUUGAUCUAUCCCAGAAAAGCCAAGGGAAGGGAAUCUCAUUUCAUUCUGAUGGUGAGAGUGCCAAGGGAAGCUCAUGCCAGGAAGAAGAGGAAGACAACUGCUAUGAGGCAGAGCAAUACAGCCCUGCCACAUACCAUCAUGAUGACAGCAAGCUGUACAUGGCUCAAGAUCUCUCUGGCAAACCUGAGUGCAUGAUGAAGGACUUCAGAGAGUCCUACUGCAAUGACAAGGAAGAGGUGUUAAGUGAGGGAGGACUGGGGAAGAGAAUAGGAAAUGCAGACAAAGAGGAGAGAUGUGGAGAGGGAGAGCUUACAAACAACAAAGAACAUCUCGGCUUUAGAUCCUUUGAAAAGGCCAGACUUGGUCACUCUCUCUCUGAUUAUGUGUAUUUCAAGCACAGGAACAAGAGCUUGAAAGAAUUGCUGGAAAGAAAAAUGGAAAAACAAACAAUGCUUAUAGGCAUUUAAAAUGGACAUUUUAAAUACAGCUGGAAAAUGGUAACAUAAUGGUAACAUAAGAUUUUAACAUGAAUUGUAAGCUACUAAAGCCUGGAAGUCUGUAGUAGUAUUUAGAAAUAAAUAAGCCAAAUUAUUAAAAAUAAUUUAGGGUAAAACACAUACAUUAAAAGAAUUAAGCAGCUUGAGGUUACCAAGAGAUGUAAUAGAUCUUGAAAAAUAACACUUUAAUAUUUAUCCAUUUAAUGUAUAACAGACAAUGGGUUGGGUACAGAAGUUUACUUCCUAUUAUAUGGGGAUAGAUACUUACAUCCAAUUUUCUACUUAGCAGAAAGCAACAUACUUUAGCAUCUGAUUUAUUAUCUGACUGAAUAUAUAUGAAAACUUCUAACCAUAUGCCUCAAAAAUACCUGAAAAUACAAAGUAUUUCACAUUAUAAGUCAGAAUACUAUUAAACAUGGCAUGCAUGAAAAUGCUAUCAACAUUCAGAACUAACACAGUCCAGACACUUUGUUUUACUGAAGUGACUCUUAGUGCAACUACUUACAAUGAGAAAUGUGAAACAAAAUAAUAAGAAAAACUAAUGUCUUGGGAGUCUGUAAAGGACAGUUCUGUAAGACUUUGAAAGGACUGGAAUUUAUUACAAAAGUUAGCUCCCUGGCACAAGGAAUGCUCAUGUUUUGCUGUGUUUCAGCCAGUAUGGGAAUAUUCAGAAAUUCUUGAAGUGAAAUAGCAUAGAUUGUGUUAACAUUUUGUUCUGCUGCCUACUUGGACCAAUACCUGUACAGGGCAGCAUCAGCAUGCAGCAUUCACAAUCUUGCCAUAGUUACACAUAACACAGUCAUUUAAUAGAAAAAAUUAUGCAGCUUUACCAUUUAUCUUUUCAGUUUAUCAUUACUAGUAAGGAUAAUUUUGAAAUACACAGAUCUGGUCAAUUUUUGUUUCAGAAGGUAAAAACUACCCUUAUAGAACAAACAGUACCUCACAGAGAAAAGCCUUCCUCUUAUUAAAGUCAGAAAACUUCUCUUAUUAAACACUUCUUGAGCAGUAGGCUGCAGGCCUUUCAGACAAAUUUCACUCAUGCUGUUAUUAUGGAGUCAAACUCAGCUUUUCAUCCCUGAUUCCCAUACAGUUAUUGUAACCGAUACGGGAAAAGCAUAUUCCAUUAAACUUUUCACUAAACUUUUCAUUAAUUACAUGAAUACUUUGAACAGCAUAUUAGUUCCCAUAUCUUCAAGAAAGACAAAAAGCAGCCCUGCAUCAUUCUAUUGCUUAUGUGGAAAUAAAAAUUUAAUUAAUCAUAAAAUUUGUCCUUUGUACUUUGGACAUCCCAGCUCAAAAGGUUAAAAUCCAUAUAUAUGGUACAUCUCUUCCAAAUAUUACUUCCUUCUUCACUUACCUGCCAAGUUCUUGAUUUGAAAUACAUUGCAAUCAUGCUCUCUGUAUUGCAAGUUAUAAUUGAAUAUAAUAAUCUGCUUUUAUGGCUUGCUAAGACAAGUCAUGUAGCUGUAGCUCUCUGCCCCUAUAAGAAAACACACACCUCUCCAAUUAAUGAUCUUCAUGUCUACCAGUUAAGCAGCAUUCACAGGACAAAGUCCUUAUUUCUCAUAUAACUGGGUUUGUGUAGUACAAGGCUAUAUACAGUGUUUUCCAAGGCUACAGGCAGUGUUCUCCUUUUUCAAGGCUCAAACCAAACAUGGUAUAACAUAUGCAGAAAUUCAUGCAGAAAAAGCUGUUGGUAACAGAAAGAGUAACAUCCAGGUGACUCUUCUAAAUUAAUUCUAUGUCCGAUGUACAUAUUUUUUAAAAUAAAAAUGUUAUGCCAGAUUGAACUGGAAGAUAGGUCACUUUAGAAUUUUAUAAGUCUUUGAGGUGUAUUCUAGAGGUACAUGGUAAUGUUUUUUCAGGGAUUAACUGUUCUAUCAUAAACAUUGCUCUUCCUUGCUUUAGCUGUAAGACAAUGCCUAUUAAAAAAGUAGCCAUCUUUCUUUCAAGGUAGACAUUGUGGUCAAGCAAAAAAGUAAGGAAAGUUUAAAAAUAAUGAGUGUAAAUGUAUUUCUUAUACUAUAGGGGAAAUGAUUGGGUAGAAAUUCAGCACGGUCUAGUGGAUGGUCCCUCAGAAAUAGGAGCAACUCUUUCCGUUAACUUCUUGGCACUAGCUUGUCUCUACCAGACAAAAGCUCCCAUUUGAGCAUGUGUGCAGCCAAGAGCUGGGAGUCUCUAACGGUUAGAAUUGUCUCCCUCUUGAUGGUGUAGUUUCCAGCUGUGCAUAGUUCAAUACCAGUCCACUCCACAUUUCCAGAUAUAUUAGUUCACAUGAUAAAAAGAAGAAGCAAGGAACUGUGAAUCUCUUUGCAAUUUCUAGAAAGGUAAUCAUACAGGUGGGUGGAAUUUAGCAAGUCCUUCAGUCCUGUGGUGUGUAAAACAGGAAAGUACACAGCCCUUCCAUUGCAAAAUCUUGUCUAUUAAUUGGAGAAUGCUAUGGGACAGCUAGACAAUCCUUAUCAAGAAAGAAACAAAGAAUUACAUAUCAAUUGCAGUCCAGACAAAUGGAGCGAAGGAGACAUUUUCAGCAGAGUUCAGCUCCCAGCCACUAAUAUCAUAGGAUGUAUUCUAUCUGGGCUUCAGCAAAGCCUUUCAUACUAUCUCCCAUGGCAUUUUCCUGGAAAAGCUGACAGCUUGUGGCUUGGGCGGAUGAACUCUUUGCUUGGGUGAAAAUGUGGCUGUGUGGCCAGGCCCAGGGAGUGGUGAUUAAUGUAGUUAACUGCAGCUGGCAGACAGUCACCAGUGGUGCUGUCCAGGGGUCAGUAUUGGGCCUAGCCCUGUUUAAUAUCUUUAUUAGCCAUCUGGAUGAGGGUAUGGAGAGCCCCUUCAGUCACUUUGCAGAUGUCACAAGCUGGGUGAGAGUGCUGAUCUGCUGGAGGGCAGGAAGGCUCUGCAGAGGGAUCUGGACAGGCUGGAUCAUGGGCCAAGGCCAGGGGUGUGAGGUUCAACAAGGCCAGUGCUGGCUCCUGCCCUGGGGUCACAGCAACCCCAGGCAGUGGCACAGGCUGGGGCAGAGUGGCUGCAAAGCUGCCACAGGAAAAGGAGCUGGGGGUGCUGCUGACAGCAGCUGAACAUGAGCCAGCAGGGCCCAGGUGGCCAAGAAGGCCAAUGGCAUCCUGGCCUGGACCAGCAAUGGUGUGGCCAGCAGGAGCAGGGCAGAGAUUGUCCCCUGUACUCAGAACUGGUGAGGCCACACCUCAAAUCCUAUGUCAAUUUUCACUCCAAGAAAGACAUUGAGGUUCUGGAGCCUGUCCAGAAAAGGGCAACAAGUCAGACAUCCCUGGAGAUGUUCAAGAAAUUAUUGGAUGUAGCACUUAGUCUAGUUGACCAGUUGGUGAUUGUUGAAAGGUUGGACUUCAUGAUAUUAAGAAGUCUUUUCUUACCUAAAUUCUGUGAUUAUGUGAUUAUGCAACUGCAAAAACUAUGUCUACUGGAAACAUGCAGACUGGAGUUUCCUUUCUGACCUUGUAAAAGAAUGUGCCAUAUGUAUCGUUAGGAAAGGAAGACAGUUCUGGGUUGUCUAAAUGGUUAAUCCAGACUCCUUCAGCACACUCACUGCAGUCAAUUUACCCACUUCUGCAGGUGCAGUUGUCACUGGAGCAGAAGUACUGGACAACCAGAUACAGAUGGCUAGAAAAGAGUCCCAGAAUGGCGAUACUCUUUGCAAGUAAUUCAUAAUGUGAACCCUUUUCCAUCGCAUUUUACUAGAAAGCAGAAUAUUUCUUCACAAUGAGACUUUGAGAUUCUGCCCAGACGCAAAGUCAUACUAAGAUAAUUCUUAAACACGCAAGUCUAAUUCAUGUCAGAAUAGUAAAAGCCUAAUUUAAAACUAUAAGUUAUCAAUAAGAGAAAUUACAAACAAUAUUAUUACUGAGAUAAGAAGACAGUGACAGGUGACCCAAGCAGUGGUUAGGAGAUGACAGUCCUCCCUACUGUAGAACAUAGUGUAGAUGGGUCUGAGACACUUGUUACAAAGAGGCCUCAAGGAACAAAUUAAAAGUGAAAUAACAGCCUUCAUUGUGAAGCACCUUGCUUUUCAAACCUAAGUUAUUUUCACACUAUUUACAUUGGCACUGCUUUGGGAACAGACAGUAACAGCCUUUGCUUUUUAAUAGCUUUGAAAAUGCUUUAUAGCAUUCAAAAUUUGCUCUCAUAAUGAAGCUAUUUCCCAUUUGUAAUUUUCAAGGGAUUAGCUUCCUUAUUUUGCCUUGUGUAGAGGCUCAGAAGUCCAGUAGAGACACUGCCUGUGUCCUGGACAUUGGGGGAUAUAUUUUCUUCUUUUUCUCUUUCCUAAUGUGAGUUUAUCUAUCGUCUUCUAGCUAUGCUGUGGAAAAAAAAAAAAAAAAGUCUUUAUCUUACUACUAUUCAAUAUUAUGUGGGUUUUCAGUUUAUGGGCACACAUAAAACUAAAGCCCAGUCUCCACCACCUUUCUGUAAAAGCACAUCUAUACCAUUUCCCUGCAUUGUUUAUACAGCCUUGUUUCAUCAUUUCAGAGAGCAUUACAGCAAAUAAGAAUGGCUACAAAGUUGCACAGCUGAGAUGCUUCCAGAAGUCAGGCUGAAGAAAAGAUAAAUUUGCCCUACGAUAAAGAGUUUGGGCAAGUGAAGGCAUGUGGUUAAUUUAGUUAGGGGCUUUUCUGAUGUUGAGGGUAGCAGGGAGAGUUCUGCAAGACACUUUGGAGCACAGAGUAGGUGGAGGAAAAUCCAAAAUCUGGGCUAGUAAAGUUUAAGGGUGAAGAUAGACAACAUAUUUACAGGGAAAGUGAAGUUGUAUGUGACCUUGGAGCAAAGGGAUUAACUGUUUUCAGUCUGGUAAUAAGGGCUCGGCCAUCUCGUUGUGAAACUGAGUUUUUCUGGCUGCCAGACAGCCUUCACUUUGUGACAGAAAAGCCAGGUGCUCUGUGUUCAGAAGCUCAAAGGGUAAAAUACUUUGUGAUUGAUAUCAUAAUUAAAGUUUAUCCUGUGCUGUUUCCUGUAAAACAAGUUACUGGAAAGACCAAGUAAUGCUACUGCACCCACCUUUCUACAACUCUGUGUUUGUCUACUACCUAUUCUUUGAUUUCUGUCUUCAUAUGGUGCUGCUGGACUCUGCUGUUUUGAGUGUACAGUUAAGAAGUAAUAUAAGUACGUAUUUAUUAUUCCUAGAAGUUUUAAUCGUUAUUAACAGUUUUGAAAAUGUCAUGUCUGCUUAGCUGAACAAGAUGUAACAGAGCUAACAUUUUGUACUCCUAACAGAUUUUUCAAAUAAUAUGUUGCAUAUUUAUUUCAUGUAGAACAUUGAGUUCUUGUUUAAAGCCACAGCUCAUGAAGUGAACCAACUAUAUGUGAAUCUUUAGUUUCUGGCUUUCUAUUUCAAUAGUAAAAGCAUGUAUGAUGUAUUGUAUUAAUUUAAGCAAAUAAAUAUGUACUGGAAAA